UUACUAGUGGGAGAAAUUCAAGAAAGGUUAUAUGGCCAUCACUUUCUUCGAGACAUAGUGGAUUCAGGUCAUAGUUUGAAUACAGUAAAUGUUCAUGAAUGUUGUGCUGAGUGUGGUUUGCUAUUAUGCACUCAAGUAGGAUAAUUACGCUUGGCGAGAUAGUACUGAUCCUUUGCCUGUUUUGUCCCUCAACACUAGAAGAAACAUACCAAGAUUACCUAGAAUACCAUCAACCCUGGCUGAACAAUGCCCACCAAAGACGUUGGGUUCAAAUAAAUGAACCACAUCAUGUGAUUUCACGUAGACACGAAACACCUCAAAAUGUGGAAACGACAAGACAUUUCGGACCUGACACCUUGCAUAAAAUAACAGAAACCCUAGGAGCCAUAAACACUGUUGGUAGAUACAUAGUGAAUAUGACUAUAGGAGAAGAUAACAGUGCCAAGAUAUCAAACGAAGUACCAAGUGCCAUUUACACCAUAAGCAAAAAUGUAUUGGGUAGAAAUGUAACAGAUACCAUAGCACCUUAUGUCAGAGAAGCUCUGCCGGCUGUAAUCGAUACCAAAGAUGAGACCAUAAAAGAUAGAGAUGACGAUAAGGAGGAUGAAGACAAAUCCAGUAUUUGUACAACACCUGGUGGUACACCAGGGUCUUGCAAAGAUCUAAGUGACUGCCCACAGCUCCUGCUCAAUCUUGGAACCCUGAGGCAGUCUCUCUGCUUCAAGAGUCUGUUCGUUCCUGGUGUUUGUUGUCCAACAAUCCAAGGUACCAAACUACAACCUGUGGCUUCCUCCUUCACGUCUACUACUACCAGAAGACCAAUAACAGCAGCCACAACAACAACAACUAGGCCAAUAAAACAGUCUACAUCGACAAAGCCUCCUAUUAACAUACCGAGCUACCCCAUUAGGCCAAAUCAAGUCCCCACUUCACCGGAUAUUCAGCAAAUUGGAUCAAAUUAUGUGGAUACUGAUGAUUGCGGCCAACCAGAGUCUGCUAAAUUCAGAGUAGUAGGAGGUGAAGAAGCCCUUCCAGGUCGAUGGCCAUGGAUGGCUGCAAUAUUUUUGCAUGGCUCCAAGAGAACUGAAUUCUGGUGUGGUGGUUCCCUCAUAACAGCAAGACACGUUUUGACAGCAGCCCAUUGUACAAGAGACUCAAGACUCAGACCAUUUGCAGCCAAGCAGUUCACUGUGAGAUUAGGCGAUAUAGACCUAAAAAGAAACGACGAACCUUCAGCACCUGUGACCUUCAAAGUGACAGAUGUAAGGGUGCAUCCACAGUUUAGCCGAGUUGGCUUUUACAACGACAUAGCCAUCCUUCUUCUUGAUCGACCAGCAAGGAAGUCCAAGUAUGUUAUACCUAUUUGUCUACCCCCACCCGAAUUGAGAAGAGAGACUUUUGCUGGGAAAAGGUCGACAGUUGUCGGUUGGGGUACCACUUAUUACGGUGGCAAAGAGAGCACAGUCCAAAGGCAGGCCGUGCUUCCAGUUUGGAGAAACGAAGAUUGCAACGAAGCUUACUUUCAGCCAAUCACAUCGAACUUCAUAUGUGCUGGGUACUCAGAAGGUGGUACUGAUGCUUGUCAGGGAGAUUCAGGAGGACCUUUGAUGGCUUUCUGGGAUACCCGCUGGGUUCAAGUUGGAGUAGUAUCCUUUGGAAAUAAGUGCGGAGAACCAGGAUAUCCAGGUGUUUAUACCAGAGUUACUGGAUAUAUGAACUGGAUAAGGGAGAAUACUCGUGAAAAAUACUGAAUAUUUUAACAUAAACCAGUCAUAUUUAUUCUAUUUAUAGAAAACAUUAUGCGACCAAACAGUUUGGCGCGAUAUUAUCGAAACGAUAGCUCAAGUAAGCUUUUUGAAGCUCUGAUAAUGAAAGACAUACUGAGACGUCUUUGUUGAUUACUUAAUGUUAAGUGUGCUAAAUGAAAUAUGUAUAUGCUCGUGUAAAAAAAUAAAUGUACAUUUUCGAAUAUAAAA